GCCUUCAACUCCCCUUCCUUCUUCUAGCGUCACUCAAAAACGAAACCAAUUAAACCAAACACAAGUCAUUUUCUUUUCCUUUCCUUUCUCGGAAAAUGACUGCCGGCUUCGGGAAGUGCAGCAAAAUCCGCCACAUUGUGAGGCUCCGGCAGAUGCUCCGGCGGUGGCGCAACAAAGCGGCGUCCUCGCGCAUGUCGUCGGCCGGCCCCCGCAUCCCCUCCGACGUGCCUGCAGGCCACGUGGCGGUCUGCGUGGGCACCAGUUGCAGGAGAUUCGUGGUGCGCGCGUCGUACCUGAACCACCCGGUCUUCAAGAAACUUCUGGUCCAGGCGGAGGAGGAGUACGGGUUCAACAACCAGGGCCCGCUGGCCAUCCCCUGCGACGAGUCCGUGUUCGAGGAGAUCCUCCGGUUCUUGGCUCGCUCCUCCGAGUCGGGCAACUCGGCGCGGUUUGUCAAUCUCGAGGACUUCCAGAGAUACUGCCACGUGGGCAUCCGGAGCAACUGGCACGAAUCUCGGCCGCUGCUUCAAGGGUUCGCUGACAAAACGGUCUGGUAAGAAAUAAACACGCGUUGGUGCUGACCCGGGGACGACUCGUCCUAGAUGGUUCGACGGGGCUGGGUUGGGUUGAGUUCGGACUACGGAGCUCGAGUAAGAAGGAGAGAAAGAAGCCGAGUUAGAAUUUAAGACUCGGCUGAGUUACCCGAGUUGGGUAUUACUAAUUUAUUAAUUUGUUUUUUUUUUUUUUUGUUGCCCUUUUUUACUGGCCAAUGAUGAAGCUGCGUGGUGGGGUCUUGAGGGUUCUGGCUAAUUAAAAUUGUUUCAUAUUGUAAAAUUCGAAAUUAAUCAAUAAUCACGGGCAAUGGCGAGCGGCGAGGUGAGCGAGUGAGUUGAUUCGGCGAUAAGCUCCGGAGGAUGCAUGGUGAUGGCAGGGGGGUGGGGGCAGCUUCCACCGAGUCGUCCCGGGUCGAAUCGGAGUGAAGAUUUCAAAAGUAAUUAUAAAUAAAUAAAUAAAAUUGAAGAAGCAUCAACGCAGCGCGGCAAUGGAAAUGAAGAGGGCCAGUUUUGUAAAUCAUGUGAUUUAUUUGAUUGAUUAAUGGAAAUUGUAGAGAGAUUUCAGCAUGA